CUGGAUACUGAAGACCAUUAUCAUUAGAAAACAAUGUCCAUUGAUUUUGAUAGUGGAGCUCUACAAACUCAACAUGAAGAGGAAGAGUAUGACCAAGAGGAUUAUGCAAGAGAACAAGAGUUGCAACAACUAUUGACAGACCUUCCCCAUGAUAUGCUGGAAGACAGUGGAGACCAACUCUCCAGCUAUUCAGACAGUAGCAUUCAUGAGAAUGAGGAGCAAUCACAUGAGCCCUGGGAGCAUGAUGGAAGAUGGAAUGAUCAUCCAUUGAUUAGUGAUUGUCAGAAUGGUUAUGAACAAGGACAAAAUCUGUUUUCUGAGCAAUUGUUGCAUGAACAGCAAAAUAACCACAUUGAAAACCAUUCAGAGAAUUGGAAUGGCUUACCUAAUGAAGAAAAAUGUUUGUACGAAGUUAAGGAAGAUUACUGUGGCCAAAACAGUCAAGAGGAUUCUGGAGAUGUGUAUCUUGGUAGAGAUGGGUAUAGUCCUGGUCCAAGCUGCUACCAACAGAGCAAUGUAUAUCAUCUUCCAGAAAACUUUAGGCCAUAUAUGGAUGGCCAUAAGCCAGAAAUUAAUAGUCAGCAAAGUAAAAUAGUAAUUUUCCCGGACACUUCAAAGGACCAUCUUAAGCAGUUUGGUGCGUCUGGAGUUGUUAGUGGCAAGUCUGUAGAAUCUUACAAAGUGACAUAUAAACCAUACCAAAAUGGCAUUCAGCAAAAAGUUCCAGUAACCCAAGAAGAAACUAGAAGAAAUGAAGUCUUUGAGGAUUUGCAGCAUGAAUUUCUGGGUGGUAGUGAAAAUUCUUCAGAGAACAUGCGGGUUCUUCAGCUUCAAGUUCUGAAUAAAGCAAGAGAAAGACAACUGGAAGAACUUAAUGAAAAGCUAGAAGAGAGUGCACAGCAGAUUAGGUAUUUGAAUCAUCAGCUUUCAAUGAUCACAGAUGAGAAGGAUGGUUUGGCUGUUAGUCUUCAUGAGGCUCAAAAACUCUAUCAGAAUGGAAAAGACCGGGAAGUGCAUCUUGAAGGUCAAGUUAAAGCACUUGAAACCCAAAUUCAGACUCUUACUGCCAAUGAGGAGCAGCUAUUGAAGCAGUCCAAAGUGGCAGAGGUAGCCAUGGAAAGCAUGAAGAAGCAGCUGUUAGAACUUCAGCGGUCAGAUGCCCUUCAGCGAGCCAGAGAGCAGCACGAGACUGUUAUUUCAGCCCUCAAGCAAAAGUAUGAAAAGCAAGUAUUAGCAUUAGAGCAGAAACUUGAUACUACAAGCUCUGCACUCCGAGAACAGAAAGAGCUUUGCAGUCACCUAGGAGAGCAUGUCAAGCAACUUGAAAAAACACUAGAAGAAAACAAAUGUGAAAAAACUGAAAUAAUAAAUCGGCUGACAAAGAGUCUAGAAGAAAGUCAAAAGCAAUGUGCAAACCUCUUGCAAACAGGCUCGAUACAGGAGACAAACCAGUUACGGCUUCAAUUGCAACAAGCUCAGUCAGCACACAUGAUAAGCAAUAACAUGAACAAGGCUUUGCAGGAAGAAUUAAUGGAACUGAAGGAAGAAAUUAUGUUGUAUGAAUCUGCUGCCAAGCUUGGAGUAUUUCUCAAUGAGGCAGGUGGAGAGCUGAGUGAGUCUUAUGUAGAUCUGGGAAUUAAACAAUUCAACUGGAAAAAGUCAAGAUUUUGCAGUGCAAUAAAAAAUAGAGACCCGGACAAAGAACUUUCUAAAGAUGAAGUUAUCGUAGAAUUAAAAGCUGAACUGGAACGCUCAUUGAGCAGCAAUAAAACGAAGAGAAACCAGAUUACUCAAUUGCAAAAUGAUCUUCAAGAUUGCCAGAAAGCAUUAGAAGAAUGCAAGCAGCUGCUGAAAGCAGAAAAAGCAUCAAAAGCCUUAGAGCCUGUGAAAAAUCCGAAUGAUACUUCAGUGGCUAGUUCACCUGUUUCUGAUAAUCUUAAGGAAGAAGUUCUGAGACUCAGAAAGGCUAAUGAAACUUUGAUGCAAGAAGUUCAGAACCAUAUUGUGGCUAUUGAAGAACUGAAAUCAAAUGAGGAAAAACUGAAAAAUUCGAAUCAAGAUCUCUGUUCUCAGAUGAGACAAAUGGUUCAAGAUUUUGAUGAGGAUAAACAAGAAGCAAUUGACAGGUGUGAAAGAAUGUAUCAGCAACAUCAUGAGGAUACAAAAGCCCAGAUGGAGAAAGACCUUACAGAGAAACAUGCUGAAGAAAAACAGCAGCUUAUUCAAGCUUAUGAAGAGACAAUAUCACAGUUUAAGGCUGAUAUAGAAGAGCUAAACAGGGAGGUGACUGCAGUGAAGGAAUGUUAUAUAUCAGUCUGUGGUGAGAAGGACACCUUGGAAGCUACUUUAAAGCAGAAAUUUGAGGAAGAGCAGCAGCUGAAAGAAGACAAGCUUAAAAAGCAACUACUAGAAGAGAGGGAAGAUGCWCUUCACCACCAGAGGAUUGAGCUUGAAGAGAAGUACAAUACUUCUAUCAUAGCAGCAAAGAACCAAUGGCUGAAAGAAAAAGAAUUUUAUAUCAAACAGCAGGUUGAAAAGGAAGUUGCAUUAGCUAAAAUCCACUGGGAGAAGGAAGAGAAGGAGAAAAAAGAACAAGUCAUUGCAAAAAUAGGAAGAGAACAGCAAAGUAGACUGGAAGAAACAAGAAGAAUUCUAGUUGAAUAUAAUGACUGCAGCACCCAAACUAAUCAAAUAACAGUUGUGGAUGAAACCUCAUCUAAAGACUUAGCAAGGAUUGUUGAGGACCAGAAGCKGCAACUCCAGAAGGCACUGAAAGAAAAGACGGCCUCUGAAGAGGCCUUAAAAGAACUUGAAAUAGAACUGGAAAAUAAAUACCGUAAAAAUCUUGCCAGCCAGGUAGAUGCAGCUUUAACUCAAGCUCGUGCUAGGUGGCUCCAAGAAUUAACAGACCUCAAAGAGUAUAAAAUAAAUCUAAAGGCAGAACAGGAAAAAUGGGAAAGGGACCAUGCAGAGACUGCAGCAAAGCAGUUAGCUCUAGUUCUCUCAGCUGCUGAAGAGAAAUGGAAGAAAGAAUUUGAGAAUGCAGAAAAAUCUGGACCAAGGGUGAAAGAACUUGAAGAAAAGGUCCUUUCUCUCAGAAAGGAAUUGGAGUUAAAGAAAGAAGAAAUCCCUGCCACUAUCAAAGCAGAAGUAGCAAAAGCUCGUGCUCAGUGGAACAAAGAAAAGCAAGAAGAAAUCCUUCAGAUUCAAGAGCAGAAUGAAAGAGACUACCGUUCAUUUUUAGAUGAUCAUAGAAACAAAAUUAAAGAGGUGCUUGCAACAGCGAAGGAAGAUCUUGUAAAGCAGAAAAAUGACCUAUCUAUUCAGAAAGAGGCAGAAAUAAAGAUGUUACUAGACCAAAAGCAGCGAGAAUGGGAGGCUCAGCUGACAAAGAGACUCCAGAAUGAAAUUAAUCAGUAUGAGGAGAGGACAUUGUUUGAGCUGGAGGGUUUGUUAAGAGAAAUCCACGAAGAACUAGUCAACUGCACAAAUAAUGAGCCGUCUUGGAAGGAUAAGUGUUUCACCACUCCUUCUGAAUCAAAACAUCAAUAUAAAGAGAAACUAAAGGCUUGCUUACAGAAGGCUUACAGAAGCACAGUUUACGUAGUUCUAGCAAAGACUGAGCAAGAAUGGAAAGAGAAAUAUGAGGAACUGCUGACCAAGGUAAAUGAAAAAACGUACUGCUGUGUAAAAAGCGAUGAAGGAGAAACUGGAGAAAUGGCAAGACCUCCUGUAUACAGWGUUGGACACCAAGCAGAAAAACAAAGAAUGCCAAGACAGCCACCUUUGCAAGAAACUGAAACGGAUAAAGAUGAGAAAUGUAAGAAAAGGAACCUUUGGUCUCAUGAAGAUUUUUGCUCUGAAUGCUGCUGCCAAGAGCUUGAAAAAAAGGAGACUCUGUGCCAAGAUUUGAAAAGAAAGUUGGAGAAAGCCUGCAAACAUCUUCAAUUUGCUGUAAGGGAGCACAAAGCCAAGGCAGAGCAAAUCCAAGAAAAUCAGAAGACUUUAGAGGCUCUAAUUGCAGAAAACACUGAGAUGAAGGCUAAACUAAAAGACCUGAGAACACCACCAAGGUCACUGUCAGAGGGAGUCAUCUCAAAACCCUGUACAUCCUGUGACAGUGUAAAAGGACUGGAGGAGAUGCGUGUUCAGUACAUUAAAGCUGUGAGCAAGAUUAAGAGUGAUAUGCUUUGUUAUAUCCGUGAAAGUAAGGAGAGAGCAGCUGAAAUGAUUAAAGCAGAGGUUUUAAGAGAACGUCAAGAGACUGCUCGGAAAAUGCGCAAAUACUAUCUGACCUGCCUUCAGCAGCUUCUUACUGAUAAUGGGAAGCAGGAAGGAGCUGAAAAAAAAAUCAUGAACGCUGCCAGCAAGCUUGCUACAAUGGCUAAAGUCCUUGAAACGCCUGUUCGACACAUACCCCAAAGCAAAACUACCCGCUCAGCUCUACUAUUAAAUUCUGAUCUGCCAACUGGAGUUGACCACUCAAACAGAGAUUUGACACUUCAAACUGGGCCAAACCUUAUGGAAAGCAAAUCAUGUGCUGAAAAUAUUACCCAAAAAGCUAAUGAUAAAGUUGUACGGAAAUGUGUGCCGCAUGACUUGAGACAGCACUUUGAUACAAGACAGACUGAAACACAGUAUGUGCUUCAUAAAGGAGGGUCUUUAAGUAUCCAGAAUGGGAAUAAUUGUAAGAGCUUACAUGACGCCUCAAGAGAUGCCCUAUCAGAGCUUUAUCCAAAUGAAGGUGGAAAAAGAGAAAAAWUUGGCCCCGUCCUAAAUGCAGACAGAAGAUUGUUGUGUGCAGCUAGUGAGAGAGCACAUCAAAAUACCCCUUCAUCUGCUUCUCAGGUGAAGUUGGGAACUGUGCAUGCAACCAGCUGCGUGAAUGGUCUUGCUGUAUCUGGGCCAAUUCACUGCAUUCUAGAGAGCCAGAACGAAAGAACAGUCUUGAAAGAUGAUAAAURUAACCAGCCAUUUGGAAACCUCAAGACCCCAACUGAAAUAUCCCAGGAUUUUGAUGUUCAAGAAACUCCAGAAAGAGAUGAAGGAAGCUGCAGUGAAUGGAGUUCUGUGAAUGGAAGUCUGCACCUGGAUAGUGCCAAUAUGUCUCUAUUGUUCUCUGAACAAAAACCUGUUGCUAAUGACCAAGCACAGGUAGCUUCCUGUGAAGAGUUUGCUCAUAUCAAGUCACUUCCCUCUGCAGAUGAAAAUGUUGGAGGUGCUUCUUGGAGAGAACUUACUAAUGACAAGAUUCUUGGCGCACAAGACAGCGCAAAAGUUUACUGUAAAGACCAUCUGAAAGCAAAUGUCGAGCAUACUUCAUUCCCAAACUUUGACAAAUCAAAACCUGCUGUUGCACAACUGAGUGCAUCACCAAAUUCAAAUGCUGGAAAAUGCUACAACCAGUACUUGAAAAAAAUGAUGCGGGAUCCCCAAUCUUUUCAGGAAGAUAGUGGUUUUGAUAGCCCCCUWUCUAACUUAAACUGACAACAGAAUUCCUCACUUUGGGAAUGGGUGGGUGUGGAGUGAAAUCAUAUAUUUAAAUAAAAGCUUGAGGAUGGGGAAAAUCUGGUUAAUGUUACACAUUUUCAGGUUGUUACCUAAAGAAAUGCUGUCAAGUUAAUAUUAAUGCAGACUUUUGUUUACCUUUGUCUUGACUUUUGUAGCUGUUUGUGUAUUAUAUGUCUAUUAAAUAGAAUCUAUUUUUAUAWUUUGUUUAGCUUGCAGUGCAAUGUUUAUUUAUAUAAAACAAAGCUACUGUCAUUUGUGAUAAUCUUUUUAAAGUGGUUAUGAAAACUCCAAAGCUCAGCACAUGCAAGAUGUUUUAGAGUUUGUAUGAAAUAACCGUUUCAAUUGACUUUUCCAUUUUGAAAGAMCCCCUGCCUUUUAAGUCUCUGUGCAUGCCUAUAAUAAAA